UUUUAGGUCUACUAUUAAACAUUCCAUUAUGUUAGUCCUAUUGAUACAAUGAAAAAAUGGGUAAUGGUCCAACAAAAGAAGAGAAAUUAAUAGAGCAAGUUGCAAUCAAGGAGACUCUCCUUGAAUGUCCUAUACUUGUUGACUUGGAUCAUGGAACAGUUAGACAUAGACACGAAGAAAGAGUUACAUCGGACAACAAUGAAGAAGAAGAAGAUAAAGUGAAAAUUGGUUACUUCUAUCAUCCACGUUUAAAUGAUUUCAGUGAAGAUGCUCUGAUGACUCAGUCUGAAAACAACCGUCUGAAAUAUGUAUUUAAAGGACCACUUAAGGAUACUGGUAAAAAACUAUACUACAUCUAUGGAACCAAAGUAUCUGAUAAAGACGAAGGUAUACACCAUGACCAGUACAAACCACAAGGGAAAGGUUACAACUGGCCACAGUCGUAUCGCAAGGCGAACAAUCUUUAUUACGAUGUUAUAUUUCCGCAGAAAGAUGACAACGGAGAAACCACUGAUGUGCAACCAGAAGAAUUAGAUGAUACAAGCAGUGUGUCAUCUGGAAUUACUGCUGACAUGUUGACACAAAAAGACGAGAUAGGUCUUAAGUUGCGCCACAGCGAAACAGUUGGUGACGUGGUUGAACGAAUUUCGUUGCAGUUGUUGAUUCCUUCAUCAAACAUUCAUCUUAUGGUGAACAAGAAGGAGCUGAAAAACAAUGAAGUAUUGGCUGAUUUCAUACCCGACAGCAUGAAAAGGACGACUUUAUUUAGCGUGACGUUAAGGCUAACAUAAUUUGAAAAGAGGCAACGAUUGAAAUCGCGAGAUUAAUACCGUUGAAGCGUGUUGUAUAUGUAAAACAUUCCACGUUUUCUUGAUAAUAUUGAUAUUUUUAGAACAAUAAUUUCGACCAAUGGGUUGCGCUUGCUUGAAAAGCGCGCAUGUUAAUUACAUGCGAUAACUGUUCAUGUCUACCCGAGGUGCACAAUUUCUUGUGAUCUUAACCUGUAAAAGAACAAUUUAUUGUGUGUUCGCUGUUACCAUUGCACAAGAGCAUUCAUCCACCUUAGAGCUCUUUCUAUUGUUAAGAUUAGGGAAGAUCCUUGCAAACCUGUACUCUAUUCGAAAAAUCAUGAAAUUUUGUAACCAAAAGCUUGAAUUUUAUGUAUAAUUUUAGAAAUAUCCAUUCUUCAGUAAAAAACAGCGUGUUUUAACAAAAACAGUUAAAACCGAUUUGUGAACUUUUAGAUGUAAAAUAACUCUGUGUACACUUUUCACGAAAAUACGUUUCAUGUUUUCUUUUUUUUUUUUCUUCAAGAUGGCUAAUUUUUUAUUUUGAAUUAUAAAAUAAAAUUUUUAGCUUUGAAUUUUCUUCACAAAUUUUUAAAAUUUGAUUUCCUAAUCGAGUCAGUAUUAUUUUUGGAAAAUGUUUAAGUCGAAGAAUGUACUUUUGAAGCCCACUGUUUUCAUAAUAAAUUUUAAUUAUUUUUUCUUCGUUCUUCAGUGAGGAAUGGUCUUUCUAUGCAAAGGGUAUUAAAAAUGUGUGUACAUAAAAUCAAAGAGGUUUAAACCUCAAUAUAGAUUUAUAUCGUUUGUAAUUUUAACUUUUGUAUAUAAAUAUAAUAUAUGACAAGA